CUCCACCAAAACAUCUCCUCUCUUAUCCACUCCUUUUCACUUUUGUAUACAACCAAUUCAAGAUCCCACUCAGAGUAUUGAAAGAGCAGAAGCAGUCUCUACAAUGGCUGCAAAUGUUGUAAAUCCCACCCCAUUAAGCCUCCCAUUAUCCGUUCCUACUGGGAAAUUGAAUUCCAAUCCCACAAUUUGCCUCUUAACGAAACCCUCAAUUCCUACUCUCUCAAUUCACUCUACUUUCUCUCUCAACAACAACUUCUUCAGAUUUUCUUCCAAUUUCUCUCUCAAGCCUUCUUCUUCCCUUGCUUCAGUUGGAAAUGCAGGAUUUGUGGAGGAACCUUCAACCAAUGUCAAAUUUCCAACGUCCUUAACUCUACCGGGCUGCUCAACUUCGCUGUCGCUGCUAGGCACAGGUUACCGAGAGAAAGUAUUUGCAAUCAUUGGUGUUAAGGUCUAUGCUGCAGGACUAUACAUCAAUUCGUCUGUCUCGAAUGAAUUAAAUGCUUGGAGGGGACGAUCGGCUGCUGCAAUUCAGGAGGACUCUUCCUUGUUUGAUAUAAUUUUUCAGUCUUGUUCAGAAAAAUCUUUACAGAUUGUUCUUGUUCGAGAUGUCGAUGGAAAAACUUUCUGGGAUGCCUUGGAUGAUGCCAUUUCUCCAAGAAUCAAAGCACCUACACCCGGUGAUGAAUCUGCAUUAUCUACCUUUCGUAGCAUCUUUGAGGGACGAUCUCUUAAGAAAGGAACUUUCAUAUUCUUGACUUGGUUGGAACCUCCAAAGAUGCUCGUUAGCAUCUCAAUAAAUGGCCCACCAACAGGAAUAGAUGCUACAAUUGAAUCAAAUAAUGUGACUUCGGCUCUUUUUGAUGUUUUUUUCGGAGACUCUCCUGUUUCUUCUACUUUGAAGGCUUCUGUUGCAACUGGAUUGGCUGCAGUUUUGAAAUAGAACCACGAUUUUCUUGUACUUUUAUUAGUUUGAAUGAAGAUUUGGAUAUGGUCCCGCCAAACAAGUUACAAAUGAGAGAUUGCAAUAAGUGUAAUACAUGUUAGAGAAGGGACUGACUCAAGAAUCCGUUACAUUGCUAUUUGACCUUAUCUGCUCAAGCACUUUAACAACCUCUGCCAUUGUUGGUCGCUGAGCGGGCUCCGGUUCAAGACACUUCAAUGCAAUGCUAAAUACGCCAUUAACCUCAUUAACCGGACAACUGCCCAAACUAUGGUCAAGUACAUAUUCUUCCCUUUUCUCCUGAACAACUGUUUUCACCUGUCAUUUAUAUGAUACCAUGAAAAUUAGAUAAGGAAUAGCUUGUUGUUCAAGUAUACACUCUUUAUGUGAAUGAUAUUUCCAUUUUAUAGCA